AUGGAUCAGGGAGGAGAUGAUUUCCUGUCGGACAUUCUUCUGCAGGAAGCAGGCAACCAUGUUGCUGGUUUGGACGACCUGGUCAUUCCAUUGACUCCUCAGGAAACUCAGAUUAGUCCGGAUAUAGAAGUUGCUGCUAGUCGUGGAAAUCAAGGAACGAAGAGGUCCAAAAAUUUCAAUGUUGAAGAAGACGAACUUGUUUGUGAAGGAUGGUUGGCUGCUAGCAAAGAUCCCCUCCACGGGGCCAACCAAAAUCGUACCUCGUUUUGGGGUAAGGUUCAUGCUUACUUUGAGAAGAACAAAAAGGCAGAUGCACCUUCAAGGACAGCAAGUUCUUUACUGCAUAGAUGGCUCACAAUUCAGACUUUAGUGAACAAGUUUUGUUCUUGCUAUGAUGCAAUUGAACGUAGAAAUCAAAGUGGUACAACUAUACAAGACAAGAUUGCCAGUGCCCUCAAGAUGUUCUCGAGAAUGGACAACAAAGAUGGGAAGAAAUGCAGUGUUGUGCCUUGUUGGAAUAUACUGAAGGAGGAGGACAAGUGGAAAGCCAAGAGGACUGAACUUCAAGAGAUGGAGAAACAAUCAACAGCAGGAAACAAGACCAAGAAGAAGGCCACGAAGGUGGCUCGGCCAAGGGAAGAGGAAGCUGCCACCAAUGAGCAAGACAAGGAGGCCACCGAUGCUGGUGGUAGUGCUGAAACCGGAGCAAGAAAAAGAUCUGAUGGGGUAAAGAAGGUUAAAGAAAAUCUUAGGCGAGGAGGUGGCGAAGCUUGCUUGGAGGCCCUUGACAAAAUGUGGGCGAAGAAGGAGGUGGCUGACAAUGAAAAAGAGAAGGCAAAGCAAGAGAGGUUCAUGGCGGCACUCGAGGUAGAGAAGGAAGCACUAGAGGUAGAGAAGAAGCGACUUGCUACUGAGGAAAAGAAAGCUCAAAUUGAGGAAAAAAAAGCUGAAGCGGAGGAAAAAAGAGCACAAGCGGAGGAGACAAGAGCGCAAGCCGACUUGUUGAAGCAUGAGAAAGAAAUAAUGUUUGCCGACCCGACCUCCCUCAACUCUAUUCAGCGUGAAUGGCUUGAGAAGAUGCAGAAGGAGAUUCUGGCUAGACACCGUGGAAAUUAA